AUGAGCUCCCCUCGAAGCGCUUCACGAGCGAUUGUCAUACAACAGCAGCGACCACGCCUUUCGAAGAAGAUCGCAUGGUUUGCUGGCCUUGCAGGCGUGCUAGCAACUCUGGCGCAGUAUGCAAUCUAUCUGCUCGCCUUUGAUCGCUAUGAUCCUGCGAAAGGCUACAUAUCCCGCGAAGUGACUUCUGCGCGACGCGUGCUAUGGGUCAUUGCACAUCCCGACGAUGAAGCCAUGUUCUUUGGUCCCUCUUUGAACGCUCUACUGCAGCCACAUCGAUCUGUACAUCACCGCAGAGCAACAGGUCAUCUGCUCUCGCUCUCUACAGGCAAUCAUGAAGGUCUGGGGCAGCUACGCACACAAGAGCUCACAGCUUCGUGCGAGCACUUUGGCAUUCAGAGGGAGAACUGUGUUGCACUCGAUCACCCGCAGCUGCAAGACAGUCCAACAGCCGUCUGGCCCCCGGCUGUCGUCCUCGAAUACGUCGAGCUAUAUGCCGAUCGCUGGAAUAUCAGCCUAGUCAUCACUUUCGACGAGCAUGGCGUAUCGGGUCAUGCAAAUCAUCGGGCGAUAUACGCUGCCCUCGAACGAGGGCGUGCGCACACAGGCACGAGUCUCCCGCCGAUAUACAAGCUCGCAACAAGCACAAAAGCGUCAAAGUACCUCUCGAUUCUCAGCUUGCCCGGUGCUAUCAGGCGAGGCUAUACCCCGCCCUCGGAACCAUACUUCACCUCUGCACUCCUCUUGUCGGAUCCACGGCAGUACUGGCGCACUCGUACAGCCUUUGCACGUCAUGCGAGCCAGCAAGUCUGGUUCAGGUCGCUCUACGUCGUCUUGAGUCAGGCUCGCAACGCCGACGAGAAGGUAGGCCUGUCGAUACAGACGCGAGACGUCACAUCAAGUCUGCAAGAGCGACACAGCCAUGGCGUUUGGGCAUGGCUUACCCGACACUUUCGCUUUGCAUCGCCCGGCGAUGCCAUGCACCAGGCUAUGUGGAUCCUGACUACCACCAAACAUUCUGCUACCCAAACUUGA